AUGCCUCGAAACGCGACCUUCCAACCAGGCCGGGAGCCUCUACACCACCAUCCCGGCCUCGAACUCCGCCGUAGCCACGUCUCAGGGCCACUCUCCUUCCUGAAUCCCACUUGGGCGCGGUACGCGCCAACCCUGGGGACACCAGAUCAGGCAUUCAAAACCGGACCCAUCACCCUGCCAGAGCACAUUCACCAUCUCUGGCGAUCGCGCGAUAAUCGAAAAGGUCGCCAUGCGCUGCAAGUCGACUACCGAGUGCCACACGCAGGACCCACGCCCCCGCUGACGACGGGGUUCAGGGCGGUAGCCAGGGGAAUAUGGAGGAUGGCUACAUGUGUGCCAUAUUGGGAUGUGUCAUACCUUGUUGCAACAACGUUUACGCUUGGCUCGAUGAUUUGGAUUAUCAAUGCGUUCUUUGUGUGGCUACCGCUUGAAGACCCGGCGAGUGAGUUCCCGUCAGAAUCUUUAGUCGGUGGGGGCGUGACCGGAUUCAUCGGCGCGACGGUCUUUGAGAUCGGGAGUGUUUUACUUCUUCUUGAGGCCGUCAAUGCCAAUCAGACUGGUUGUUUUGGUUGGGCUCUUGAAACGGAGCUUGGGAGGGUGGAGGCGGCUCAUGCGACCACGAAGAUGACGCCGGACCAGGAUGCGUGCGCACAUCAUCAUGCCAAUCAGAAAAAUCUUGUUGGUGCCGGGAGGCCCCGAGCUCAUCAACAUCAUAUUGCGUCUGCGGGCCAUGUUACCGAGCUGCCGGAGGGAGGUUCGUUCCGCUGGAUGCCUUCCCUGACCGAGUUGCGGACGCAUUACCUGCACGAGCUUGGGUUCUUGGCAUCACUGGUCCAAUUUAUUGCCGCCACCGUCUUUUGGAUCGCGGGAUUCACAGGUCUGCCUGGAAUCAUCGACCAUAUGAGUCAGAAUCUGACAGAUGGAGUCUACUGGGUACCGCAGAUUGUUGGUGGAUUCGGCUUCAUCCUAAGUGGUCUUUUGUUCACCCUUGAGACACAGGAGAAAUGGUACAAACCUGCAUUUCAUGUUCUCGGAUGGCAUAUCGGAGCCUGGAACUUCAUUGGGGGUAUCGGAUUCACCCUCUGCGGUGCACUGGGACCCGCAACUAUGCAUUCCGGCGUCGAAUACCAGGCUACACUUGCUACUUUCUGGGGAUCAUGGGCUUUCAUGAUUGGGUCUACGAUACAGUGGUACGAGAGCUUGCAGAAAUAUCCUGUUGAGAAGGCCCGUGGGAAGACCGCAGGCAGUAAAUCUGACGUUUGA